AGUACAGUUCUUACAUUAUUAUUAUCUAUGCUUUCAAGAAUCACCCAUCUCUAACUUAUUCUGUGCUUUGAACAUAAUAAUAUAAUAUUAUCACAGAAUGUAGUAUAUAGAUAAACUGUUCUGUGAAUGACUGUGAUAAUUCUACACUUGGUAAAGUUCAUACUUUCAUAGGUUUGGUUUACUUUACCAUUACUACGGUCUAAUUAAUAUUGUAAUUUGUAGUAAGAUUUAUUUUGUUAUUAUUUCGUUACCAAAUUGAAGGUCGUAAAAUUAAAACGCUGCUUUCAAAAAUCAAAAGUGAAAACUUAAAAUCUAAACUUAUUGUUACCAAUACCUUAAAUUUUAAUAUAAUGAUUUUUAAGACAUGUGAAGUAAUUCUAAAUUCAAGUAAAAGUUUAAUUUUUAGAUUCAACUCUAAUUUUGUACCAAAACACACGCCUGUGCAAACAUCAGAUGCAAUUACUCUUGAACGUUUCAUUAAAGAACAUAAUAAAAUACUUGUAUUAACCGGUGCAGGAAUAUCAACUGAAAGUGGUAUACCAGAUUAUCGCUCCGCUGAUGUCGGGUUGUAUGCGAGAAGUAAAAAUCGCCCGGUAAUAUAUCAACAGUUUAUUAAAAGUCCAGAAGUACGCGUACGUUAUUGGGCUAGAAAUUAUUUGGGGUGGCCUAGAUUUUCAUCAAUGGCACCUAAUUAUGCACAUACGUUUUUAAAGAAUUUGGAAGAUAAAAAUAAAAUUAUUCAUAUUAUUACUCAGAAUGUUGAUAACUUGCAUACAAAAGCAGGAAGCAAAAAUGUUCUUGAAUUGCAUGGGACUUCAUAUGUUAUACAUUGUUUAGAAUGUGAUUAUACAAUCGAUAGACAUAAAUUUCAAGAUGUUUUGUCAAGUUUAAACCCUCAAGUUUCCAUUAAAGAGUUGUACAGUGUCAGGCCUGAUGGUGAUGUUGAACUCACUCCAGAAGAAAUUGGCGGAUUCAAGGUUCCUAAAUGUCCAAAAUGUGAAGGAAAUUUAUUAAUUCCACGCAUUGUUUUUUUCGGAGACAACAUUCCAAAAAAACGAGUUCAGAGGGUGAAUGAUUUUGUGGAAGAAUGUGAUUCACUCCUGGUCAUGGGCUCAUCUCUAUUUGUAUAUUCAGGUUAUAGAAUAGUAUUGGAAACAAAAUCUGCUAAUAAACCUGUUGCUGUGGUAAAUAUAGGACCAACUAGGGCUGAUGACUGUGUGGAUAUUAAAAUUGAAGCCAAAUUUGGUGAAAUAUUACCAUUAUUAAAUCUUUAAUUUAUCCUUAAGAUUUUAUUAUUGUGACUUCUAUGUAUUUUUUAAUGAAAAUGUUUUGAUAAAAGAAACUUUAACGUUUUUUUUUUUGUUGGAAACAAGUGAAUUAGCGAACAUUUGAAAUUAUUAUUGACCCUAAAUUGUCUCCACAGCUAUAAUCCCUAAUUUUUUAUUUUAUGAUUGAAGAUUAGAGAUAUAUUCUAAUUC